CAGCGGGUUCAAACCUAUGCCUAUAAAACAGUCGUUUUACAGCGCUGAGUGAAUUUUGCUUCUUCAGUGACGGCUGCAUCACGUGUCUCGAUAAUGUAUCUUUAUCUUGCAGCUGGCCUUUGUGCCAUUCUUGUCUCUGCUACCUGGAGAAUUAUAUCCAACGUGUUUCUUUCCCCGCUGGCUAGUAUUCCCGGCCCAUUCCUUGCCAAAAUCACUUCGAAAUGGCUCAUCCUAGUUGAGAUGUCUGGAAACCGCACCACCACAAUCCACAAACUACAUAAUCAAUAUGGUCCCACGGUCAGAGUUGGGCCAAACGAGGUCUCAUUUGCAGACGGCAAUGUGAUUAAGGAACUCUAUGGGCAGUCGUCAGAUUUCAUGAAAGCACCAGUCUAUGAUCAGUUUUCGCAGCAUCCGGUGGGAAUCUUUAGCAUGCAAAACAAGGCAGAGCAUAGAGAAAGGAGAAAGUUGCUCAGUCACGCUUUUGCGCAGUCAAAUUUGCUACAGAUUGAGCCGGUUAUUGGUGACACAGUGAAGCAACUGCUAAAGAAGAUUAAUGGAACAAUGGGGCAACCGACAGAUGCACUUGUGCUUUUGAGGAUGUUUGCUCUUGAUGUAGUUGGCAAUGAUACAGGCGAGCUCUUCCUAGGCAAGUCCUUUAGUGCCCUCGAAAGCAUCAAACCUCCGACCUUUAUCCGGGACCUUGAUGCAUACUUCAUUGUUAUGGGCAUGAAAGGUAGCUUCCCCUGGCUAUUCGAAAUCGCUUCUUAUUUCCCCUCAACAAAAUGGCAGGAGCUACAACAAGCUCCCAAGAGGCUGCGUACAUACGGCGAAAAUGCCCUAAGAGACUACCGCUUACGCCAGGAUGCUGGCCCCAAAGGGGCCAAGUAUAAAGAUCUUCUCCACAAAAUGCUCACAUCCCAUGAGACCGUCUCCACGCCUUCCGGAAAACCCACUGAAGUGCCAAUGACCGAUGAACAAAUAAGCUUGGAGAUUGGCAACCUUGUGUUCGCCGGUACCGACACAACGUCUACGACACUCACAUACCUCUUCUGGCAGCUCGCACAAUGCAAGUGGCAGGAACUUCUCCGUGAUGAACUGGCAAUCACACAAUUAGUCGAUGGAAUAGCUACGUUUGGUGAUAUCGAUCAAUUCCCAAUCCUUAACGCUGUAAUUGCGGAGAGUUUACGGCUAUUCCCGGCGGCGCCAGCGAGCUUGCAGCGUGAGACUCCUGCCGGCGGGAGGGAAUUAGCUGGAUAUUUCAUUCCUGCUGGAACUGUAGUAUCGAUGCAGUGCUACACUACUCAACGCGAUGGAGCCAUAUUCCAUGAUCCCGAGACCUUCGAUCCUACCCGUUGGAUGCAGUCGCCGGAGAAAUUAACGGAUAUGAACUUAUACCAAAUGCCAUUCUCCAAAGGAACACGGGCAUGCCUCGGCAAGAAUCUUGCCAUGAUGGAACUGAAGCUCGUGGUAGCUGCAGUGAUUAAGCAGUAUCAAAUCAAGGUGGCAGAUAGCAUGAAACCUGGGGACAUGAACAUGAAAGACCAUUUCCUGACGUUGCCGGCGUGUGGACGAUGCGAUCUUGUAUUCACCCCGUUGUAAGGUAUUCCUAUCAUAAUGGCUCAAAUAGGUAGACAGGAAUUUACCAAUCGUGAUGAAUAAGAGACGAAAACGUUGAACUGAG